AUGGCAAGCAUAAGUCCUGAUGUUGGAUAUCUUCGACAACAAUACAAUACUGGCAUGAUUAAUAGCAAUCGACUUAUAAUUCAAUAUCACAAACCAUUUCAUGACGGUACUGUAUUAACACAAGGUGAAACUCAAUUUCAGCCUAUGGUUCAUAUUAAUUUUCAAGUUGAUCCACAGCAACCUUAUUUUACAUUAAUCAUGGUUGAUCCAGAUGCUCCUCAACGAGGUAAUGAACGUGCUGGUCCAUGGUUACAUUGGAUUCAUACUGGUUUUGUGGGAAAUGAUUUAAGCAAGGGUAGAACUCUUGCUGACUAUCAAGGUCCAGCACCACCACCUGGUACAGGUCCACAUCAAUAUAUUUUUUUAUUAUAUAAAUCGGCCAUACCUCCUCCUCAAUAUGGUGGAUCAAUUUCUGCUAGUGAUUCAGGACAGCGAAAACAAUUUCAUUUGAGAAAAGUUGAACAUGACCUUCAAUUACGAUUAAUUGCUGCAACAUCAUAUACUGUUAUCGGUUAA